CUUUUGAAGAAUCCCUGAAAAUAAAACCCUAAAAACAACCCGUUCUCCCUUUCUUCAUCACAAACAAAGUUUGGAUUGGAAUUGAACUCUCACUCAACUCAACGCCGUCGGAGUUCAUCCUCGGCACCCACAAACAGAAAAAAAAAGCUUGGUUUUCGAAAUCUACAAGGAAAAAUGUCAGGGUAAGUUAUUUUUUUUAAUCUAAUUGGUUUUUGAAAUCUACAAUGAAACUUGUGUUACAGAGUAAGGAUAUUUUUGUUUAAAUUGCAAAUUUGAUUGUUAAUAAGUAGGUUGUUUUUGUAAUUAUUAUUUCUUAUUUAUCUUAUGAGACAUAUGGUUAACAUAUUUUUGAUUGAUUAAUUAGAGAAAUGGAAUUGGAUUAGAAAGACCUAAUGACAAGGUUUUGUUUUUGGUUUAAAUUGUGUUAUUGUUAUGUUGCGAUUUUUUAUGUUCGCGAAUAUUUUUGGAUAAAUCCGAGACCCUUAAAAAAAAUCUUGACUUUAUUUGUUAAAAAAAAAUCUUGACUUUUGGUAAAAGUUAUUCUCAUUCGUUGUUUGUCUAUUUGGUCUGCAUGUAUUGUUGUGUAGUUCGUGUUUGGUCUGUUAGUCUUGAGUGUAUCUGUCUAAAGUAGCAAAUAUUCUAUGUGUUCCUCUGUUGAUGACAUUUUCGUAGAGGAAUGAUAUUUGUUGUGGUUUAAAUUGUGCUAUUGUUAUAUUUUGAUUCUUGAUAUUGUCGGAAUUUGUGGAAAAAUGGGGUUGUUGUAGCUGUGGCCUGUUAUGGAGACCCCAAAAAACUUUGACAUUAUGGUUGCGAUUGUGGUUGUGGGCUAUAAUUUAAAAUCAUGGCAUUACUUAAUAUACAAACUAGUAUUGGCGAAUGAAUGAAAGUGAUUCUUUUGUAGGCUCUUUCAGCAAUCAUUUUUCCCAUUCUUUUGUUUGUGUUUUUGUAUUUGGUUUGCGUGUCUUGUGUAGACUUCUGUAGUUUGUGUGUUGGUUCUGUUAGUCUUUAGUAUUUUUGCCUAAGUAGCAAUUCUUCUAUGGUUCGUCUUUUAAUGAUAUUUUUGCUAUGCAGUGAGGAAGCUGUUGCUGUAGCUGAGCCUGUUGCCGUUGCCGCUGCUGGAGUUCCAGGCGAGCCAAUGGACAUCAUGACUGCCUUGCAACUCGUGCUUAGGAAGUCAUUGGCUUACGGUGGUCUUGCACGUGGCCUCCACGAAGGUGCAAAAGUAAUUGAGAAGCAUGCAGGACAACUCUGUGUUCUUGCAGAGGAUUGCGAUCAACCUGACUAUGUUAAACUUGUCAAGGCUCUUUGUGCUGAGCACAAUGUUAGUCUGCUGACUGUUCCCAGUGCAAAGACACUCGGAGAAUGGGCUGGUUUGUGCAAGAUUGAUUCAGAGGGAAAAGCUAGGAAAGUAACCGGCUGCUCCUGUGUCGUUGUCAAGGAUUUUGGCGAAGAACAUGAAGCCUACAAUGUUGUUCUGCAGCACGUGAAAGCUCAAUGAGCUGCAAGAUCCAUCCGUUGUGUGUUUCUUUCCUUUUCAUUUUAGUGUUAUUCUAUGGGAAUGAAUUUUGAGUUUGUUGCCUAGGGAUUUCAAAUGUUUAAUAUGAUUUUGCUGCUCUCAGUUGUUAUGGUUACUCUAAUUUAGUUACACACUUUUGUUUUGCUAUGGUAUUGCAAAGUAUUUUAAUCCUUAA